CAAGCAGUGCUAAAGUUACGUGAACAAACAAAUGGAUAUCAAACAAAGCAAUCAAAUCGUUUUAUUAAUAAUCAUUCAUCACUUGAUUAUUUGAGUGAAUCGGAAAUUGAUCUAAUUGAUUAUCGGAAUCGUAUACCAAUACAUCGUUAUCGACCAGCAAGUGCAUUAGACAGUCGAAUGCUAUCUGCUAUGGGUUCUGUUAAAUCAACCAGGUAA